AUGAGCGAUGAAGGCGAACUGGUGUGGGAAUGGAACUAUGGUGAUCUCAGUGCAUUCAAAGCCCAAAAACUGGACGGGAAAGAUGUAGUCACAUUCUUCAAUGGCGUCACCUGGCCUGAGCCCUGGGGAUGGGGUUAUGGGGCCAUAGAGAUUUUUGACGACUCUUAUGAAAGCAUCUACAAUGUUACAGUCAAUGGAACGGGGCUUCAAACUCUCGACACCCAGAAUGCAACGGAGAUGGAAUCAUGGCUGGAUAUGCAUGAAGCCCUCAUCACUCCCGAGGGGACGAUGUUAGUCACCGGCUACAACGUUACUCAGACCGAUCUGACUUCAGUCGGAGGUCCUGCAGAUGGCUGGCUUGCCGAUUGCAUGUUCUACGAGAUUGACAUCAAGACAAAUACUGUCCUGUACAAGUGGAAUGCUCUGGCCCAUGAGGAUCAGAUCCCUCUGACUGAUGCCUUGCCCACCUAUCCCCUCUCUGACUAUGGCCAGAAUCAGACCUACCCAUGGGGGCCGUUCCACAUCAAUACCGUAGAGAAGUUUGAUGAUGGGUCUUACAUAAUCUCAUCCCGCCACUACUGCUCUAUCUUUAAGAUAUCAGCAGAUGGUUCAGUCGAAUGGACUUUACACGGUCAAACGGGUGGCGAUUUCGAGCUUGGUGAGGAUGUAAACUUCUGCUACCAACACGAUAUUCGAGUGAGGAGCUUGAACGGCAGUGUCCUCGACAUCAGCUUGUUUAACAAUGCGAACGCAGCGGUAAUCAACGCCACCAACCAGACCACUGGACUAUACAUACGGCUAGAUACGCAAAAUCGGACUGCAACCAUUCAGCAAGAGUUUAUCGACCCCCUGGAUGCGAUAUACGCCAAGUCUCAGGGCAACUUGCAGACCCUGCCGAACGGCAAUGUAAUCAUGGGCUACGGCUCAACUCCUAGGAUCAAGGAGUAUUACCCCAAUGGUACAGUUGCCAUGUCGGUAGAAUUUGGCCCCGGAAACGGCAGAGUCUACUCAUACCGUGCGUAUCGACUCCCCUGGGUCGGACGGCCAAGUGCACCUCCUAAGGCCUUCGCUUGCAGGGACAGCAGCACCAAUGAGACCAUAAUUUACAUGAGCUGGAACGGUGCCACCGAGCACAGCUCGUGGGACUUUUAUGCGGGAUACUCCGAGACUGACCUCCAGCUUGCUGGGAGAGUUGGGAAAAGCGGUUUUGAGACUUCAGCAACCAUCAAUGCAGAAGUAAGCUAUGUCCGGGUCGAGGCUCAAGGGUUGAAUGCGGCUUUGGGGACGUCGGAAGUCGUUGCAGUCCAGAACCAAUGCUGA